CUUAGCUACAGCCUAAGGAUAGAUGAGUCUUGGACUGCAUCUCUCCUAUCCAUUUUGGCUAUAGCGGACUUCAUGGGCAGGCUGUUGUGUGGCUGGUAUGCUAACCUCCACCUUAUUAGGACUAUACAGUUGCUGACAAUGACAGUUGUUCUGAUCAGCACGUCUUUGAUGUUAUUGCCACUGGCUAACAAUUACCCGUCUCUGGCAAUAUUCACCGGCUUCUAUGGCUUUUUCUUUGGUGCGACAGUGUCCAUCCACAUUACAGUGCUGGCAGAUGUCGUGGGUAUGUCAGAUUUUGACAGUGCCUUGGGGCUUUUUAUGCUCAUUCGAAGCACUGGAGGUUUUCUGGGGCCUCCUCUUGCUGGUCUGAUUGUGGACAUGGCAGAAAAUUACAGCGCAGGGUUCUACAUAGCAGGAGCCACUCUCAUCAUAUCUAUUGUAUUUUUGGUCGUUAUAGAUCAACUCCAGCAGAAGAAAGAGCAAAAGAAUGACACAGACACUAAACCAAAAAAGCAAAUCCUGCUAUUCCCUUCCCUCCAUUUCCUGAAACUUAAGACUGGAAAGUGUCAAGAACAAGAUAUGGGGGUGUGACUAUUGCUAUUUAUCUCUAAGAAAAUUUGAGGGCUUAUUUAAAUGUUUUAAUUUAAUACAUUCCAAAUCCCCCCCUCCCCCCAGGCUAUCGAAGUGGUGUUUACAAAUUUUUUGCUGAUAUUCUAUGUAGGGCUAUGCGAAAUUCAGAAAAAAAGUCACAACAAUUUGCAUGCAAAAAAACCCACAAAUUUUCACAUAUUUU